AUGAAGACUGCCUCAAUCCUCAUUGCCGCCUCAAUGGCCGGCGCCGUGGCCGCUCAGAAGCUGUCAGAUUACUUUCCGGAAUGCUCCAUUAGCUGUCUUGAGCAGGGAACCACGUCUGCUACUGACUGCUCUCUGAAUGAUGCCGUCUGCUUCUGUGUGCAGAGCAACUAUGAGGCCAUCUACAACGCAGAGCUUUCGUGUGUGCUCAAGGCAUGCGGCGCUGAUGUCUCCGUCGGUAAGUCUGCCACUGUAAUCGACGAAGAUGGACAGUUUUCAACUUGGACAAACUGA